AUGAAAGCUGGAAACCAUGGCGAAGAUCUCAUCGUUACGCCGUUUGCACAAAUACUGGCGAGUCUACGAAGCGUCCGCAAUAAUUUCUUGAGCCUCACCAAUGUACCAUCACAAAAGUCUCGGAGAUCAUCCGGCGCCGCGGGCAACAGUACUCCACAAAGCCGAGUUGUCAAUCCCGGAGAUGACGCAUAUCUCAAGAUGUCCAUCGAGACUAUCGAGGAACUGGAUUGGUGUUUGGAUCAAUUGGAAACUAUCCAGACACAUAGAUCAGUUUCAGACAUGGCAUCGUCGAAGUUCAAAAGAAUGCUUAACAAAGAGCUUAGUCACUUCUCCGAGUCUAGUAAAUCCGGAAAUCAGAUAUCUGAAUACAUUUGUUCAACGUUUCUCGACAAACAACAAGAGCUGGAUAUACCUUCACUGCAUACCGACGAUAACCAACAGGACGAGGCGAGACAGAACAAGGCGUCAUCGUCAUCCGGCGCUUCGACCAGUUCUCAGUCCGGCUCGCAGUCCAAGAAAAAAGUCACCAAAGUGACGCCUAUGUCGCAUAUAUCGGGCGUGAAGAGAGCCUUGUCGCACACAAACAGUUUCGCCGGCGAAAGAUUGCCGAAAUUCGGCGUGGACACGCCCAAGGAAGAAGAAUUGGGACACACUCUGGCCGAAAUAGACAAAUGGGGUAUCGAUAUAUUCCGGAUAGCCGAUUUGACCAACAACCGGCCGCUGACGGCCAUAGCGUAUACCGUGUUCCAGAACCGAGAGCUAUUGAAAACGUUCAUGAUACCGGCUAAAACGUUCGUUGCGUUCAUGAUGACCCUAGAGGAUCAUUACGCCAAAGACAAUCCUUUCCACAACAGCACACACGCGGCGGACGUCGUCCAGUCCACCAACGUCUUGCUGAACUCGCCGGCUCUGGAGAGCGUUUUCACUCCGCUGGAAAUCACUGCUGCCCUCUUCGCGGCCGCCAUACACGACGUCGACCAUCCCGGACUGACCAAUCAGUUUCUCAUCAACUCGAGUUCUGAAUUGGCUCUGAUGUACAACGACGAGUCCGUGCUCGAAAACCAUCAUUUAGCUGUGGCUUUCAAACUCUUACAAAACGAUGGGUGUGACAUAUUCCAGAACAUCAACAAAAAACAAAGGCAAACUCUGAGAAAAAUGGUUAUCGACAUGGUACUUUCCACUGACAUGUCCAAACAUAUGAGCCUGUUGGCUGACCUCAAAACCAUGGUGGAAACAAAAAAAGUGGCCGGUUCCGGGGUAUUGUUGUUGGACAACUACACCGACAGAAUACAAGUCUUGCAAAACUUGGUACAUUGCGCGGACUUGAGUAACCCCACCAAACCGUUGGAACUAUACAAACGAUGGGUCGACCUGUUGAUGGAGGAAUUCUUCCAGCAGGGUGACAAAGAGCGAGAACAAAACCUGGACAUCAGUCCGAUGUGCGACAGGCACAGUGCUACGAUCGAAAAAUCACAGGUCGGAUUCAUCGAUUACAUUGUGCACCCUCUGUGGGAGACGUGGGCCGACUUGGUGCAUCCCGACGCCCAGGAAAUACUCGACACCCUCGAAGAAAACAGAGACUGGUACCAGAGUAUGAUUCCACCCAGCCCGCCCAACGACGAGUCCGAAGACCGCGACAGUGGUGACGACGACGACUCCAAGCCGUCGGCCAGCGACCAGGACCCUAACAUCAGGUUUCACGUGACGCUCGAGGAAGGCGACGAAGACUCGGUGGCCGCGAUGUGA